AACAAUUCUUCAGUGAAUAUUUAGCUAUUGGUCUUAAAAUACACACUGUAGACUUUUUUUUCUUCUAUUGCAGACAACAGUAGUAGUAAAUCUAUUAUAAAUACCGAUAUAUCAUCAGUUGUGUUCAUACUUUCAUUCAAAACGUCGUCGUAAUGCUACGCAGUAAUCCAUCCAUACAAUCCACUCGGACCUUGACUGUGGGGGUUUCUUAUUGGACACGGGUAUCACUGGCGGGACACCUCAAAACACGUCCCCAGUUACGCACAUACACCGUCGCUCAGACCACAGUAACAUCUGGUAGUGGGUUGUCCGGAAAGAUCAGCAGACGUCCCCACAUACGCACAUACACCACUGCUCAAACCUCAAUAACACAUAGUAAUAGAUGGUAUGAAAAGAGACGAAUGCUGGUUGGCUGCGUUUCAGUUGCGGCGGCAGCUUUUGGUACUCUAGUGGUCUCGUUGGAUAAGAAGGCUGGGGCAAAGGCGAGCCUGGCUGAAGAGGAUACGUACCCGGAAAGGUCGCCAUCAUUCGAAACUAGCUUUCCCGAGGCCUACAAGAAGCUGCAGACUAUACUUGGUGACCGCAUCACGCUGGAUGAAGAUGCCUUAGAGGGGCACGGCAAAGAGAUGAGCGGAUAUGCCAAGCCUGCAUGGCCUCAGGCAGUGGUCUGGCCUGUCAGCACCGAAGAGGUGUCGGAGAUUGUCAAGGUGUGCGCUGAAUAUGUUAUACCCAUCAUCCCUUUCACGGCUGGUACUUCGCUUGAAGGUCACACAGUGGCACCCAAAGGCGGGAUCACCAUGAAUUUCCGAGAAAUGAGUUCAGUCAUCCAGUACAACGAAAAAGACAUGGAUGUGGUAGUACAGCCAGGAAUCGGCUGGAUGGAACUGAAUGACUACCUCCGACCUCACGGAACGUUCUUGGGAGUGGAUCCUGCCCCAGGUGCGUGUAUCGGUGGCAUGUGUGGCACCUGCUGCUCAGGCACGAAUGCUGUGCGAUACGGGACGAUGAAAGAUCAGGUGGUGAACCUAACCGUUGUCAUGGCCGAUGGCUCGAUUGUGAAAACUGGUCAACGCGCCAGAAAGAGCAGCGCUGGUUACGAUCUGGCGCGCGUGAUUGUGGGCUCUGAGGGUACGUUAGGAAUUGUCACACAGGCCACUCUCAGAGUCAGGCAAAUACCACACCACACGUCUGUGGCGCGGGUGAACUUUCCUUCCGUCCAUGAGGCGUCUGAGGCAGUGAUCAAGAUGCUGCAGCAAGGCAUUCAAUUAGGCGCAGUGGAACUUUUGGACGAGGAAAUGGUUCGUGCAACCAACCAAUACAUGGGCAUGGAACUGUCCGAGUCGCCCUGCCUGCUCAUCAAAUUUGCUGGGAGUGAGGCACACGUCGCAGACGAUGUGAAGGAAGUAAGCAAAAUAGUGGCAAAGCACACGUCGGAACCCUUUGUGUGGACGAAAACGCAGGAGGUA